GGUGAUUAAGGACCUGCCGGAUUCCUCUGCUCCGGGGCCGUUCCUGGGCUUCACAAGGAGCCCCCGCAUGCCCGGGUGAGGGGCCGACCUGGUCCUAGACGCUCUGUAGCCCCCCCGGGGCCACACGCCCACCAUGGGGAACCUAAUCAGCAGGCCCAGCUGCCUGGGCCAGAAGUCCAAGCAGGUGAGGUCCAACGAGGCCUUUCUGAAGGAGUGCUACCAACGCCGCCUAGAGCGGCCUGUCCCCGAGAGCCACGCCCAGCCACGCAGCGAGGAGGCGGGCAGGGCCAAGACGGUGGUGGGGGGGAAGGAGGAGGAGAAGCGGGAGGAGGAGGAGGUGGAGAAGGAGGAGGUGUCCCGCUCUCACACCCCCGUCUCGGACAAGCCCGCCCGCUGCUCCCCGGCCCCCACUGUCACCACCACCAGCACCCUGGACAACGCCUGGCACUCCACCCCAUCUCCCAUCAAGCCCGCCCGCUGCUCCCCGGCCCCCACUGUCACCACCACCAGCACCCUGGACAACGCCUGGCACUCCACCCCGUCUCCCAUCAAGCCCGCCGGCUCCUGGAACGGCACGCUGACCCGGAGGACGGUGCUGCCGGACUACAGGCGCUCCCCCCUGGCCCACCCCGGGCCGGGCUCGGCGGAGAGGAGGACCAGCCUCCAGAGGAGGGACUCCAGGGAGGGGAGCCCCUGGUCCUGGAAGACCUUGGCCUCCAGAGAGGUCACGGAGGUCACGGAGGUCACCGAGACCGUUGUGACGGAGAUCGUGGAGGUGACCGAGUAUCCCUCUGGAGACAAGAGUGGAGACCCCAUAGUGACCCGGACGGUUCGGGUCCUAACCGGAGCGGCAGAGGAGCUGGCUGAGCUCCACAGCGAUGGUCAGUCCAGCUCAGACCACGACUCCAGCCUGGAUCGAUGGAGGGGAACGAGGUCGGCCCUGACUCUGAGAGAUGAGUUUGCCGAUUCGGAGACGUUCCUCCAGAACCUCGAAGCGCUGUUAACCUGGGUCUAUGAAAUAGAGGAGCUCACAGCCAAUCAGAAGCCUCCGUCCUCUGAGUUUAAAGUGGUGAAAGCUCAGCUGCAGGAACAGAAGUUGCUGCAGCGCCUCCUGGAGGACCGGAGACGCAGCAUGGAGGCCAUGAUGCAGGAGGGGCCAGGCCUGGCGGAGAGCCUGCCAGGGGAGGAGGGAGACCAGGCCACCAGACACAUCUCCACCAUCAGAACCAAGUGGGGGGCCUUGCUGCUGGAGGCCCAGAGCAGGCGGGUGAGUCUGGAGGAGAUCCUGCCCCUGGCCCAGCUCUUCCAGGACAGGGUGGACGGCCUCCAGUACUGGCUGAUCUCCGUGGAGCAGGACCUGGCUGAGCUGCGGCAUGCGGAGAGGGCCAUGCUGCACCUUCCAGAGGCCACACAGAGGGCUCAGACCGUGGUGGAGCAGAUCAAACUGAGGAACGCUGACCUGGCAAAGGUCCAGCAGGCAGGCCAUGACCUCAUGGAGAACAUCUCAGAGGAGGAGCGCCACCAGGUGCAGGAACGCGUGGACGGCCUCCGCAUACGCUGCUCCGUGUUGAGCCUGAGCAGCGUGGACGUCCUCCAGAGGCUGGAGCAGGCCCUGGAGGCCUCGCGCCGCUGCACCUCCAGCCAGGAGGACCUGCACCUGUGGCUGGGCCGCAUCGAGAGCCAGCUGCUGGGCUCGUCCGCCUCCUCCACGGGGGCCCAGACCCAGGGGGACGCUGUGCUGUGUGCAGCCGAGAGACAGAGGUUGGAGCAGGCGGUGGUGAAGGAGAUGUCCUGGUUCAGAAACACUGCCCAAGGUCUGGAGCAGCUCCGAACCAUCUGUCUGGACCCAGAACCCAUCUCUGCUCAGCUGCACGAGCAGAAGAUUCUUGCUGUGGAGAUUCUGCAGCAUCGCUUUAACAUAGAGAAGAUGGUGAAGAUCGCUGAGAUCCUGCAGACGUAUGGAGAUGAGGGUGACACAGCCGACCUCCAGACCCCUCUGGAUGCCUUGCAGGAGCAGUGUAACUCCACCUCAGCCACCAACUCACAUGUGGUGCUCCGUCUGGAGCAUGCUCAGUCGCUCCUCGCCCAGUUCUCCGAGGGCAUCGCCGAGGUGUCGCCAUGGCUACAGGAAACCCAAACCCUGAUUGGACAACUGUCCCUGAGCACCAUUAGUUACGAGGCCUUCAGAGAGCAGCAGGAACUCUUGCAGGGUCUGAGGGAGUCCAUCGCAGAACACAGGCCGCUAAUAUCCCGCCUGCUCUCACUGGGGAAGCGCUUGUCUGAGCUAAGCCCCGCCCAGGGGGAGGAGUUCUGCCGGAGGGCCAAUGAGACGGAGGAGCAGCACAGAGCCAUCAGGGACAGGGUCCGAGAGGCCGCCAGCCUUCUGGAGGAGGCCCUGCCUCGAUACACACAGCUGAACGAGAGGAUGACGGUGAUCCGAGAGAGCGUGGAGCGUCUGCACGGCCGGAUGCAGUCCCCCGUGCCCCUGCAGGGCCUGACGCCUCGCAUCCAGGAGCAGCUCCAGGAAAACCGUCUGGCCCUGGAAGAGCUGUCCAAGCUGGAGCUGGGCUUAGCCAGCAUCAGGACCCAGGCCGGCCAGCUGCUGGCCAACACACAGGCUGCUGGACACAACUCUGUAGGCACAGCCAUGCAGGAGCGUGUGUCGGGGCUGUGCCAGCUGUGGGAGCAGGUCCGGACCCAGGCUCAGGACCGGGACGGCCUGCUGCUGACCCUCCUGGACCUGGCCCUCAAGUUCUGGAACGAGGUCAGCAGCGUCAGCGCAGGCCUCAACGACACCCAGCAGGCGGUUCUGGACCUCAACGCCAACCGGACGGAUGCCGAGACCAUCCGGCAGAGCAUAGAGACCAUGCAGACACUCAGGGAAGACAUAGAUGGUCUACAGGGCGAUCUGGACUCCCUCGGCAUUCUGGGAAUGGACCUCAUGUCAGCAUGCGGCGACACGGACAAGCCGGACGUCACCAAGAGCUUGGACGAGCUGUACUGCACCUGGAACAACCUGAGCAAGCUGUGGAGCGAAUGUCACAGCAAGCUGGAGGAUUCUCUGAAGGUGGCCCUGCACUACCAGGACACUAUGCAGGGGUUGUUCGAGUGGCUCAAGUCAGCAGAGCUGAGGUCCACCGAGGAGUUCCUGGUUGGAACUGAUCUGGAGUCAGUCAGAGAACAGCUGUGUGAUCUGAAGGAGUUUAAGCGGGAGCUGUACCAGAAGAAGAUUGAGAUGGAGAGUCAGAACCAUCGCUUCGUGUGCCGUCUGUCUCCCGGCUCGGAGAGACCGGGCUCCGUGUCACCACUGGGUGACUUCAGACAGCGCUGGGACGGCCUGGAGGCAGAGACCGUCAACAGACAGCACCAGCUGGAGGGCGCCUUGCUGGGCCUGGGUCAGUUCCAGAACACCCUGGACGAGCUCCACACGUGGCUGUCCCACACCGCAGACCUCCUACAGGCCAGCCAGCCCAUCAGCAUCGACCUGCAGGCCUGUGAGAUCGGGCUGGCCAAACACAAGGUGUUGCGCAACGACGUCAUGUCCCACGUGCGGACGGUGGAGUCUCUGAACCAGGCGGGGCGCGGCCUGCUGGAGGCGGGGUCGGGGGACGGCCCCCACGGCCUGCAGCCGAGGCUGGAGCAGCUGAACGAACGCUGGGAGUUUGUGCGCUGUGAGACAGAGAGGCGGCAGCUGCAGCUGGAGAACAACCUGAGCCAGGUCCAGGAUGUUACCAUGGAGAUCCAGGACCUGCAGCAGUGGUUGGAAAACACAGACCUGAGACUGUCCUCGACUAAGACCGUUUGGGGCAUGCCUGACUCCGCCCACGAGAGGCUCAACGCACACCUGGAGCUCUGUAAUGAGAUGGAGUCAAAGUUCCACUCCUACACAGACCUGAGGAACGCCAUCCACAGAAUGCUGGAGAACAGCGAGGUGUCUCGGGGUUCCAGCACGGAGCACAGCCUCUGCAUCCUUGAGCAGAAAUGGACCACCGUGUACGGCAAAGUGCAGGAGCGCAAGGCCCGGCUGGCCGAGGGUCUGAGCCUGGCUAAGGAGUUCCACAGCACAGUGCAGGACCUGCUGACCAAGAUGGCCCGAUGUGAGGACAGCAUCGGAGGACUGCCCACCCCCAGCUACGUCCUGGACACAGUCUGCUCCCAGCUCCAGGACCACAGGACCCUGGUGAGUGAGGUGAAUGCGUACGGAGAGAAGAAGGCAGCGGUGGAGAAUGCUGGGUCCAGGCUGGCAGCGCUCAGCAGGAGGGAGGACUGCGACGUGGUCCACAACCUCACCAUGACCGUGCAGGACCGCUACCGCAAGCUGCACCAGCGUGCCACGGAGAGGGGCCGCCUUCUGGAGGAGGUCCGGAAGAACGCCAAACAGUUCAGUGAGUCAUGGCGCCUCCUGGUGGACUGGAUGACUGAGGUGGAGCAGACUCUGGACACUCACAAGGAGAUCGCCGUGUCUCACGAGGAGAUCAAACUGCAGCUGUCUGAGCAGAAGGAGUUCCAGAAGCUUCUGCGCUCCAAGCGUCCCAUGUACGAAGCCACGCUGAAGAGUGGGCGGAGCCUGCAUGAGCGCGCUCAGAGUGUUGAGGACUGCCAGCACCUGGAGAACCUCCUGGCUGAGCUACGAGACUCCUGGGAUACCAUCGCCGCCAAGUCCACAGAGAGACAGCACAAGCUGGAGGAGGCUCUGCUGUUCUCAGGGAGGUUCACUGACGCCCUGCAGGCGCUGAAUGACUGGCUCUACCGAGCCGAACCCCAGCUGGACGAGGAUGUACCUGUCGGGGGGGACAAGGACCUGGUCAACAACCUCAUAGAUAAACACAAGGUGUUCCAGAAGGAGCUGGGAAAGAGGACGGGGUGCAUUAGGACCCUGAAGCGCUCAGUCAGGGACCUGACCAGGAGCAGCACAGCAGAUGCCCAUUGGCUGCAGGAGCAGAUGGAGGAGCUGGAAGUCCGGUGGGAGGCCGUGUGUAAGCUGUCUAUCUCCAGGCAGGCCAGGCUGGAGGCAGCCCUGCAACAGGCUGAGACAUUUGACGGUGUGGUCCACUCCUUCAUGGAGCGCCUGGCCGACACAGAGAGGGUUCUGAAGUACGGGGUCAUUCCCGAGGGAGAGGAGGCUCUGCUGGCCUUCAGCAAACAACACGAGGAGUCGGUGUCGGACCUGCGCUCUCAGGAGGUGGACCUGGACAACAUCCAGGUUCUGGGGGAGCAGAUCCUCACCUGCUGCCACCCAGACUCCAUCAUCACCCUCAAGUCUUGGAUCAGCGUCACCAAGACUCGCUACGAAGAGGUGCAGUCUUGGGCCCAGCAGCAGGGCCAGAGGAUCCAGGCUGGCCUGGCUGCUCUGCAGGCUGAGAGGGAGGAGGUGCAGCGACUCCUGGAUUGGAUUUCCUCGGCAGAGGAAGCCCUCCUUCUCAGGGAGCAGGAGCCUCCUGCCGAGACGUUGGAGAUCAACAUGGAGCUCAUCGCUCAACACCUGAUCUUCACGGAAGAGAUGCACAAGAAAUUGCCGGAGGUUGAAAACGCCACUAAGUCCUGCAAACAGAAGUUGGUCCCCAAACAGCAGGGUUCCCCCAGCCGCAAACCACUGACAAAGAGGAGAAGCACCCUGAAGAUGCAGCCUACCCCCCCUCUUCCCCUGGAGCACCUGGACCCACAGACCCCCCUGCUGAGCCAACUGGUGGGCCAGUGGCAGAAGCUGUGGCUUCUGGCUCAGAGCAGACAGGGCCACCUGGAUCAGCACCAGCAAAGCCUCAGAGAGAUGGAGGAGUUUGCCAAUUUUGACUUCAAUAUGUGGCGCAAACGCUACAUGCAGUGGAUCAGCCACCUGAAAUCUCGCAUCCUGGACGUCUUCCGGACAAUUGACAGGGACCAGGACGGACGAAUCAGCCUGAAGGAGUUUAUCGACAAUGUCCUGGCAUCCAAAUUCCCCACCAACUCGCUGGAAAUGAACGCCGUGGCCAACAUCUUCGACAUAAAUGGGGACGGCUUCAUUGACUACUAUGAGUUUGUCAGCGCCCUCCACCCCAGCAGGGACCCUUACAGGAGGACCCUAGAUGCAGACCAGAUAAACGAGGAGUUGAGUCGGCAGGUGUCCCAGUGUAACUGUCCCAAGAGGUUCCAGGUGGAGCAAAUCAGCGCCAACCGCUACAGGUUUGGAGACUCCCAGCAACUGAGGAUGGUGCGCAUACUGCGUAGCACCCUGAUGGUGAGGGUGGGAGGAGGGUGGACAGCUCUGGACGAGUUCCUGGUUAAAAAUGAUCCCUGUAGAGUGAAGGGUCGCACAAACCUGAAGAUCAAGCAGAAGUAUUUGUCCCCGGACUCGUUCGACCGCGCUCAGAGAGGAAGCUCCUCCAAAGGCCUGGCCGUCAGCAGAUCCAACUCCAGCCUCAGUCUGUACAGCAGUGCCUCCGCACCCAGCAGCCCUCUCACACGCAAGGCACUGCUACGAAGAAGUUUCUCAGGUGACCGCUGCAUCCGCCCCAGGAGUUCCAUUGCAGCCCUUGGAUCAGACCUGCAGUUCUCCAGUGUAGGAGACGAUGACUCUCUCUCUCCAUCAGAAGAAGCUGAGAAACUGCCCUCAUGAUCCAACGCUGCCUACUAGCACCAUGAAAAUGCAGUCAAGAGCAUCCGUUAGCAUCCAGGGGCCCAACAACAAACAUGGACAGAUGCAGAGAAAGAGAAGGGGAGGCCAAUUGCAAAGUCUCACUUCCGAAUUAUACGGGAUAUUCAGAGAUGAUACUGGAGAAGUUAGGUCACCAUGUUUCUCUACCUGGUAUUUUCCUGGUCUGUGGAGGUGGAAUCAUUCCUGAGCAGAUCCCUUCCUCUUUCUUAUAGUAGAUUUAGUCACCUCUGUCAUCCUUCAGAAUGCAUUUGAGAUUGUUUUUAUUUUUUUUACUUUUUACUGUGUACUCUGAUGGCUUGUAUUAGAAGAGGGUAGGCGGGAGGGUAGAUGUGCAUGGAUACAUAUUGCAUGAUAUCUUGGUUCCAGCCCAGAUAAAUACUGUAACUUUCAUUCAAAUACUUAGUUGGCCUACUACAGUCAAAUUGUCAGAUGACACCCAACCAUUUUCCCAGAUGAGCAGGUGCAAUUAUUCUGAUUUGGACUAUACAAAUCAAUGCCAUUUAUAUCCAAAACCAUGAGGACACCCAAACCCUUUUCUACUUUAGUGAACUUUUCUUUGCUUUGGUUUCAUAACGGACAUGCUGUGUUGGCAGGGCCACAUUUUGUUCUUUUGUUGUUUAAACUCCAACCUUACCAGUAGACACCACACGGUCUGAGGGGUAUUCAAUGUAAGUAUUGUUUUAAAUGCUACUCUAUAUAACCCAUCUAUGCUUUGUGUGAACUUUCUGACAGAAUGGGUUCACAUCGUUCUGUUUCUCAGGUGUUGUUGACUUUUGAUUUCUGUGUUUAUGUGGAACACAACUGUGAUGUGUAGAUGGGUUGGGAUUGUAUUUCUUUACAGAAAGCCUGAUAUGAGUAUCACUUUGUGAACUGUUUAUUAUUUCCUCGACUUGAGUGAAUCACUGGAAGUGAAUACGCUUUGUAGGAGUGUUAACACGUGUGCUGGUGAAUGACAUCACAUAGUUUAAUAGGUGAAGAAGUGAAGAUAGUUUUUUGACUAGUAAUUGACCUGUUCUUCGGAAGCGACAGCUGAUACAAUUAUAGCUCUCCAAGAGGCAUUUCCCUUUUUCAAUUCAAUAAUGUUUGUCGCCGCUUAUAAGUGUUUACAUACCUGACGUCUAUUGCCCUACUUGUGGUGGGACUGCACACCACAUACAGUAUCACCCCUAGCGACCACCCAUCUCAACUAGUCCAAUAACAAUGUGUGUAACCACAUUGUACAGGUACAGCAUUCACUCAGACUCGUAUUAACCCAAAGAAACCAUACAGGAUGAUGAGAAUCUUCUACAAACCUCUCUCUCUGUCAUCCAUAAUUGAAUGUGACACACGACAGCUCCAGGCAGGAGAGUGCGUCGUACCAGCCGACCUUCAGAGUGCCAGUCUUGCUAUCUCCUUUAGCCUCCUGUUACGUCUAGAAACCCAGUCAGUACCAUCACAAGAGAGGAAGAGGACGCGCGAACAACAUUUCUGAACUGCUACAUGUUUGAAAGACAUCAAAAGCUCGCUGUGGGAAAGAAAGAGAGGUCUGAUACAAUUCUGACCACUAUUAUGUUUUGUUUCCCACUUUAUAUGUCACCUCUGUUGAGAUGUACACUAGAUCUGCAUUAAAUAGGAGCCUCAGUGUGACCUUCUUUGAGGGCAACGUUGACAACUUGAACCUUGCUGUACUGUUACACCCACUAUAGAGUCUCUUCUGCUAUGCACCCUAACCUUUCUGUACUGUAUAUAUAUCCGUUUCUAUGUCCAGCACUUGUUCUGAUGUCUAAUUUAGGGAAACCGUAGCGUGUGGAAAGUCACUAAUGACGAU